AUGCGCGACCAGACAUGCAUGGGCAGUGGUGUGAAAGUGUUUAACUUCAGCCGGCGGACCCUAAGCGAAGUACUGGACAUCUCCAGAGAUCUCUUUCCGGUGGUGUUGCUACCGCCUUCUAGCUCUUCUGAACCGCCGAGGAUGACAACCGUCAAAAAUCCCAGCGCCCUGAUCACAAGUGAGAAGCUCCCGCCCCCUUCGACAUCCAGCAAGCCCGCUUCAAACUCAGGCCAACCCCCAAUGACUUCUAGCCAGUCCACACCGCCGUUCAGCCAACGUCCUUCCAACUCCAACCAGCCACCUUUAAACUCCAGCGAAUCCCCAAUGCUGUCCAGCCAGCCCCCUUCAAACUUCACCCGUCUACCUUUAUACUCCAGCGAACCCCCAACGCUGUCCAGCCAGCCCCCUUCAAACUUCACCCGCUCACCUUUAUACUCCAGCGAACCCCCACCGCCGUCCAGCCAGCGCCCUUUAAAAUCCAGCGAACCCCCGCUGCUGUCCACCCAGCCUCCUGGAAAACUCAGCCGUCCCCCGAUGACGUCCGGUGAGACCUUACCACCAACCACAGCUCCGAAAGCAGCCAGGGUAGAAGAAAACGGGGAGCGUCAGCACUAG